AUGGCUGAGCGCAUGAACUGGGACCACCACGCGGAUCAUGACCUCCUUACGGCCAUCAUGCAGGAGCUGCAACCGACCCAGGAGCAGCUGCGUGGCGUCAUGGCGCGCAUGCAUAGCUUCGGCUACACCUGCACUGUGAAAGCGAUCACCCAGCAUCUUCAGAAGCUCCGUCGCAAGGAGGGCGCCAGCGCUGCCAAGGACGACGGCGCUGCUGCCGGCCCGUCCACUCCCAAGACGCCCGGCGGCCGCAAGAAGAACGCCGCCGGCUCGGCCUCCGUCAAGAAGGAGCCCGGCUCUGGCAAGCGCAAGUCUGCUGCCGUCGCCGUGAGCGACGAUGAGGAAGACGUCAAGCCCGACGUGAAGAAGGUCAAGAAGGAAGAUGGCUCCGUCAAGAAGGAGGAGCCGGCCGAGUAA